AUGGAAGAUAUGUUUCAUUUCAGGGUGGAUUUUCACGAAAUGUCUAUUGCAAGGCUCUGUUCUAAUAAGACAGCACGGUGUUAUAGCGUUUAUGACCGGAAAUCCUCGUCAAAUGGAGAAGAAAUCGUCGAACGGCAUUUACUUGUGGAUGGAUUCGCGGACGAAAGCGAUACUGUUGUUCGUCUUGUUCCUCCCAGUGGCGAAACUUUUGAAACAUCCGACACAAGAAUAUGGUCGAUUGAUCAUUCCGUGAUUCGUUCAAAUUAUGUA